AUGCCGCUAACAUUCGUUAAUUCCCACAAGGGCAACGAAUUAUUGGCUCACGAGGGCAUAUUGGAACAUUGUUGGUACCGUGCCCUUAACGAUCACCCCGGUGAUGCUGCUGGUACCCUGGCUAAAAUAUUGAAACAAAAAAUUUUGAAAAGAGCUCGUAAGACUGAUGAUAAGCCAGCGACAGUAGUAACUCGCACCUUACGUGGCGUACUGUCUCCUGUGUCUGCUUUAUUGCCAAAACCCGAGUCUCUGUCACGUGCAAUAAAUCGUAUCCAAGUGGUUAAUAAUCUACAAAUUGCAAAUCCUGUAAUACGUGGUGAUUUGGAGCUAAAUGAUGAUCUGAAAAGUACUCAUGGUGGCGAGCGUUUUUUGUUACAUGACAGUGGUGGCGAUGAAAAAAGAUUUAUAAUAUUUACAACUUCGAGAAAUUUAAACUUCUUGUCUACAUGUGAUCAGUGGCUAGGAAAUGGUACUUUCCGUAGCGUUCCUGGAAUAUUCUUACAAUUUUAUUGUUUCCACGGUUACAAGAAUGGUAAAUCAUUGCCAUUGGUUUAUGUUUUGGCUCCACAUAAGUCAUUGCGUACGUAUGAGAAGGUCUUGACAGUUAUCCGUGAUAGUUUACCAAAUUUCAAGCCUGCUAAGAUGAUGACUGAUUUCGAGGAGUAA